UCAAUUUUUAAUUUGGUGGAUUCAGAAAAAAAAAUCAAUUUUAUUGGUUAAUUUCAUAGCCCAAUUUCUAACCUAACGCAAAACCCAUCGAAAGAGAAAGAUAGAGACUUUGCAACUCUUUUCACUUCAGUCUCCUCUGCUUCAUCUACUCUCUGUAGAAUUCCCAAAAGUAUUGUUUCAAAAAUAUAUCAGUCAAAAAGAAGAAAACCCAAAAGCCAGAAGAUCAACCAGAAGCGAAAUAAUGAAGACUAUCCCUCUAAUUCUAAUGGGCUGUGGAGGUGUUGGACGUCAACUCCUCCAACACAUUGUUUCCUCUAGAUCCCUUCACGCCAAGCUCGGAGUUCAUUUACGAGUUGUGGGAGUAUCUGAUAGUAAAUCACUAGUUAUUGCAUUAGAUGUUAAACAAAAAGAGUUGGAUGAUAACAUUUUAACCGAAGUUUGUAGGGUCAAAUCAGAAGGUUCUUCUUUGUCCGAACUUCCUGGCUUAGGUGAGUGUCAAGUGUUCUCCAAUUCAGAAUCAAGAACCAAAGUGCUAGGCAUUGCAUCACUUAUUGGAAAAACAACAGGUUUAGCCCUUGUCGAUUGCUCAGCCAGUUCUGAGACUAUUGGAGUUCUAAAGCAAGGGGUUGACUUGGGUUGUUGCGUUGUUCUGGCAAAUAAAAAGCCUCUUACAUCCACGCUGGAGGACUAUGACAAAUUGGUUUCAUAUCCUCGCUACAUACGACAUGAAUCAACUGUUGGUGCCGGUCUUCCUGUCAUAUCAUCAAUAAAUCGCAUAAUUUCAUCUGGUGACCCCAUCCAUCGUAUUGUUGGAAGUUUGAGCGGUACAUUGGGUUAUGUAAUGAGUGAGGUUGAAGAUGGCAAGCCAUUGAGCCAAGUUGUUAAAUCUGCUAAAACCUUGGGAUACACCGAACCAGAUCCACGAGAUGACCUCAGUGGGAUGGAUGUUGCCAGGAAGGCUUUGAUCCUUGCCCGACUUCUUGGGAGGCGUAUUGACUUAUGUAGCAUAAGGAUUGAGAGCUUAUAUCCUGAAGAAAUGGAAGCUAGUAAGAUGUCUGUUGAAGACUUUUUGAAUGGUGGGAUUGUAAAGCUUGAUAAAAAUAUCGAAGAGAGAGUUAGAAAAGCUUCACUCAAUGGGAAUGUACUCCGUUAUGUCUGUGUGAUAGAAGGCAAAAGGUGUGAAGUUGGAAUUCAAGAACUUCCUAAGAAUUCUGCUUUGGGAAGAUUGAGAGGAAGUGACAAUGUACUAGAAAUCUAUAGUCGAUGCUAUGGUCAACAACCAUUGGUUAUUCAAGGUGCGGGAGCUGGGAAUGAUACUACUGCGGCAGGUGUACUUGCUGAUAUUCUUGACAUUCAGGAUCUAUUUCCCGGAAAGAAAUUUGGUUCACCGGCUUGGGAAAACUGGGGACUCGAGCCAUGUAUUUUACCUACAAAAUGAAGCAAAGAGACAAAUCUUUUGAAUGUCAAAUAAAUUUGCUAAGGACGGCAUGUUGAAUGUUGUUGGGAUGUUCCGAUGCUUCUGUCAAGAAAUCUUUGAUUAGAGAUUGUGAACAUGCAGGUGUUUGAGCUGAUAAUAGAAUGGAAUCUGCUAUUUUAUUCUUUACAAUUCAAAAUUUUAAAGAGCAUUAACAGAUCUUCAUAUUUUCAUGAGGCUGCUUUCAAUGCUAAGGGGUACUUUGACUGGUAGAACUUGAGAAUUUGGGCUUAAAAGAUCUUCAACCAUAAACUUUGAGACAGAUAAAGAAACUUGAUAGGAUUAAUGUGAAAAUCUCAAGGAAACAGCAGCACUUGA